AUGGUACCCACUCCUGAUUCGGCACCGCCUCUUGAUGUGCCUGAGUCGUCGGUAGCCGAUGAGAUACAAGAUUUGCGGGAUCAAGUUGCCGCUCUUGUUGGAGUGGUACGGAGGCAAGCUGAAGCUUCUCAGCAGUUGGCUGAGGCCUCCCAGCGACAAGAAGAACAGAUGGCGCUACUUCGGGAGUUGGUGUCCCGACAGGCGGCGACGGCACCUGUCACUCAGCAGCCGCCCAUCUCACCUGUGCGUGCCCCUGCUGGAGUUGAGGGGGCGGGUGCGGCAGCACCACCACCGAUGGCAUACACUGCGCCACCGGGCGUUGCGGCGGGUACUUGCUCGGCGAUGUCAAGUACUUCGACUCCUAUUGAUCCGGCGUUGGAGGCCGAGAGGGACCGAGCCCUCGCUUGCCUCACCGCCUUCAAGAAGUUUAAUCCGCCUAUUUUCAACGGGGAGUCAGGUGACCCGUGGGAGAUGGAGUCCUGGGUGGAUACAAUGGAGAAAUUGUUCGAGGAUCUCUACACCCUUGAGCAAGAUAAGGUGCACCUAGCUGUGCACUGCCUUGAGAAGUACGCCCGUGUUUGGUGGAAGGCGACUCGUCAAAAUCGCUCCCCUACAUUACCCCCGAUGAUGUGGGAGGAGUUCCGAGGGUUGCUUUAUGGCGUUCACUUUUCGGACAGUGAGAUGAACCAGAAAUAUCUGAGGUUCCUACAGUGUCGAAUGUUCGGCAGGAUCUUAGCGAAUGGCAAGCGAGGCAUGCUACUCUUGUUCUCUCAACUGUUAAGGGACGGUUGGUGGAGUAGAAACAAUACGUUGCAUGGACCGACCAAAGUCUUCGAAACACUCGAAGUUAGAGAUCUUAAAUGCGAAAAAGACAUGCUUGUGGUGUCUGUGCUGUUUCACCCUCUUCUGACUCUGAUGCCCUUCUUGGCCCACAGUGUGGGCGAGGAGAAACUACUUACUAUAGGGCUUUUGGCAAGCUGCACACAUGUUUUCCUAUAUAGCAUCUCUUGGUCAUAUUGGAGCCAUCUACAGGAGAGGCUAGGGAUCGUGGCAAGGGAGUCGCGUCUAGCUAGACAUUGCUAGGAGCGUGCUAGUUGAUCACCUUGCUACUCGCGCUACGGCCGAGGGUGAUGUCCUGUAUAGAGAGACUACCAUUGUACAGAUAUUUUAUGUACCCUGGGUUGUAUAUGAGUUUUGGAUCCAGAUGUUAUAGUGUCACGCCCCAAUCCCCGCCAAUUUGGUCGGGUUCGGGUCACGUCAACAGACGCCGAACGGACAGAGCCUCCCCUGUCUGCCCAAGGCUCUAACAAUAUGUAUAAAUAGGCAACCAACGAGAGAAUUGCAUAUAUAAUACAAGGCUUGCACGAGGGCAAGCAACAACAGAAGCGAAAGCUCUAAACUAAUAUACAACAUGCAUGAUACUUGAUUUCAUUUGAACCAAAUACAAGUAAAUAAGCUAUUA